AUGGCAGCUAUCAACGACGAUGUUUACGCUCGUGUAAGAGAAAAGAUUAAAGAGCACAACCUGACAGAGCAGGAGGUCAAGGCAAUUGACACUGCCAGAGACCAGCUUCAGACGCACACAUACACCGGUGGUUUGACAGGUGCCAUGGCAGCAUUUCUCUUGGCCAAGAGCAAAAAGUUCAAUCCUAUUCAAAUGCUGGCUCUCACAGGCGGUGGCUUUCUCAUGGGCUCACAAAUGGGUCUGAUAUCAGGCGCAUUGGCAGGUGUAAAAACCAUCAAUACACUACCAAAUCCUCAGCGUCUCAUCAAUGUCGUCCGAGAAGUACAGCAAGUAUCUAAUUCGAGCAAUUAA